AUGCUUUUUUCGUCUUUUCAUUACUGUUUUCUCUAUUCGUAUCGAUAUUACAUAAUUGAGAGCAUAUCUGUCUGUGUGUCACUCUCUCUCUCUCUCUCUCUCUCUCUCCGUGUAUUUCUCUGUCUCUCUCUCUCUCUCCUUUCAUUUUUUGUACAUACUGAAUGCUUUUAUUUACUCACCCUACUUUUCUACAUUCCCCCUCUCUCUCUCUCUCUCUCUCUCUCUCUCUCUGUUUACUUCUUUCUUCCUCUUUUUCUCUCUCCUUUCUCUACCACUUCCAAACAUUCUUCUUUCUACUUCACUCUCCCCCCUUCAGCAAGCUUUCUUUGUCUCUUUUUCUAUUUUUAUCAUUUUUCAAUAUACCUUCUUGUCCCCCUUCCCCCCCCACCCCCUCUCUCUCUCUCUCUCUCUCUCUAUAUCUAUCUAUCUAUCUACCACUUCCAUUUCUUCUUAUUCUUUCUAUCUUACUCUUACUAA